GCCUCCGCCCCCGCCUCUCCAGUCCCGGCGGUCCGCUCGGCUCCCCUGCUCCCCUCUCGCAGCCCCCACACCCCCUAAACCUCCCAGCCACCCGCCAGCCACCCGCGGCUCCACUCGCCCAGUCCGGCCGCUCCAGUCCGGAUCUCGCUGCCGCCCGACCCGGGUGCGAGUUCCAGCAGCUGGAGAGGAGGCGGCAAGCGGCUGGCCCCGGUUCCCCCCACUGCCGCCUCGUCAGCCCGAGGGUGGCGGGGAGAGAGCGGCCCAGCAGCCCCGGGAGCCCCUCCGAGGACAAUGCACCCGGCGCUGGGCCACCCUCGCGCGCUCUCCUCCGCGCCCGCCUCCUUCCCGCCGCCCCCCGCCGCCGCCCGGCUGCAGCCCCUCUUCCUCCGGGGGGGCUCCUCCCGCGGCCGGAGAGGCUCGGGCGACAGCAGCACCAGCACCAGCACCAGCCGCGGGGGGGGCGGCGGCAGACGCGGCGGGGGCGGCGGCUCCCCGAGCAGCAGCACAGGCGCGGAGCGAGAGGACGACGACGAGAGCAUUAGCAUCAGCAAGCCACUGGUGCCCGCCGCCGCCGCCGCCGCGCUCCCGGGGCCCCCGGUUCAGGGGGGCGCCCCCGCCUCCGCCGCCGCGCCCGCCCCCGCCUCCUCCACUUCCACGCCCACCUCCUCCUGCAGCAUGACCGCCGCGGACUUCGGCGCGGGCGCCGCCACCGGGGCCGUCGGGGGGCCCGGGAGCCGCUCGGCGGCGGGCUCAGGCGGCACCGGGACGGGAAGCGGCGCCUCCUGCUGCUCUUGCUGCUGCUGCUGCUGCGGCCGCCCCACCCGGCCCGGCCGCAGGGGUCGGCGCCACGGAUGCUCGCCAAGUCCCGGAUGCCACUGGGGCUACCAGGCGCUGUCUGUGGUGCUGCUGCUGGCUCAGGGCGGUCUGCUGGACCUAUACCUCAUCGCCGUCACCGACCUGUACUGGUGCUCUUGGAUCGCCACUGACCUGGUGGUGGUGGUGGGCUGGGCCAUCUUCUUCGCCAAGAACAGCCGGGGCCGUCGGGGCGGUCCAGCCAGCAGCACGCACAACCACCAUCAGCUCCACCACCACUCGGCGCCGCCUCUGCACCUACCGGCUGGGGCGUCCGCGGGGGCCAAGGCUCGCGGGGGCCGAGGAGGCUCGGGAGGCUCGGGGGCCGGGCCGGGGCCGGCCGGGGCGGCAGGCGAGUUCGCCUUUGCGUACCUGGCCUGGCUCAUCUACUCCAUCGCCUUCACUCCCAAGGUUGUGCUCAUCCUGGGCACGUCUAUCCUGGACCUCAUCGAGCUGCGAGCGCCCUUUGGCACCACGGGCUUCCGCCUCACCAUGGCGCUGUCCGUGCCGCUGCUCUACAGCCUGGUGCGUGCCAUCAGCGAGGCGGGCGCGCCCCCGGGCUCGGCCGGUCCCCUGCUCCUGCAGCCACAGCAGCAUCGCGCCGCGGGCUGCUUCCUGGGCACGUGUCUGGACCUGCUGGAUAGCUUCACGCUGGUGGAGCUGAUGCUGGACGGCCGCGUGCCGCUUCCCGCGCACCUGCGCUACCUGCUCAUCGCCGUCUACUUCCUCACGCUUGCCUCUCCAGUGCUCUGGCUGUACGAGCUGAACACCACCACCGCAGCAGCUCCGUCCUGGGGCCAGGCCUCGGGGCCCGGAAGCUGCAGCCGCCUUUUGCGCUUGCUGGGAGGCUGCCUGGUGGACGUGCCCUUGCUGGCGCUGCGCAGCCUCCUGGUUGUGAGCUACCAACAGCCGCUGUCCAUCUUCAUGCUCAAGAACCUCUUUUUCCUUGGCUGCCGUGGCCUGGAGGCCUUGGAGGGCUGCUGGGACCGAGGGAACUGGGUUUCCCCAAGUCGGGCCAGAAGCAGCUCUGGUGCUCCUCCCUCGGCCCCACCACCACCUCCACCACCGCCACCUCAGGGAGGCUCCCAGCGGGGCCACUUGGAAAAUGAAGGGGGCCCUCAUGGCUAUGUCAACACUCUAGCUGUGGCCUCUCAGAAUUGACAAAGGUGAAGGGCAGGGGCUCUUUGGCCUGAGAGUUUCUGGGCCCCUUGGCUGUGUUUAGAAGAGGUAACUGUUGAUAAAGGCUAAAGGCCAGUGACUUCUUCUGCACCCCACGGGUAGAGACUACUUAGAGGGAGACCAGCAAUAUGUUGUGAGGGGGAGGGUCCAUGUUCACCAUGGUCCUUCUCCAUAGUCUUGCCUGUCCUGACAUACAAGGGACUGGAUAAAUGUGCCAUCUGCUUUUCCUGCCUGCAUCCUGUGGGGGAGUGAAGGAAAGGGGGAUCAGGCAGGGGUGGUAGGCUGUGAUAGCUGGAGUGUGAGUGUGUGUGUGUGUGUGUGUGUGUGUGUGUGUGUGUGUGGUAUUUUUUCUGGGUGUCUGUCCCAUGCCCCUUGCAGUGGAAGGAGAUCUUAGGGAGGCCUUGUCGCCACCACACAUGCCACCACCAUCCUUUCCUGCCUGAAUUUAUGACCGGGAUCCCCAGGAGUUGCUCAGUUGCUGUACUCCAAGGGAGAAGCUCACCCAGGGUCGUCCUCACUCCUGCCCCUCUGUUCUCAGCUUGGGGAGAAGGAGGUCUCUGCUGUAAGGACCAAACAACACCCUUUCUUGGGUGAGUGUGUAUUUCUACCUCUGUGCUUUCAACUUUCAUUGCAUCACACACUGAUGCUGCUCGAAAAAACAAAAGACAAGACAAAAAAAACACUCAGAAGUUGCAUUCAGCAUGGCCACUGGAUCCCUUUGGGGUUUGGUACCAGAUAUUACAGGGUCUGUGGAGUAUCAGCCAUUGGCUUGCUCUCUUUUGGUUCCUCCUUAUGCUCCAGAAUACUUACCCUUCCUUGUUGGCACUGGCUGAGUUGGAGCUGGGUUCCGAGCAGCUGCUUUAGUGGGUCUGAAUGUGUGUGAGGUGAGGCCUCUUAGGGACUCUCGGGGUGCCAUCUGCUCCUCUCGGCAUAGAGCAGAGAGUGUGGCAACCUUUCUUCUCUCAUCUGCUUCAGGUCUCCUCAGGGAGAGGGCAUGCUGUGGGAGCCUCCUGCCCAGCCUUCCCCCACAGGGUCCUCUUGACGAGGCUCUCCUUAGGAUUGUCCCUCAAGGGAAGUCAGGGUUAGCUACUUUACUCUUGACAAGGAUGUCACUCUUGGAGUCUCUAAGGCAGGGUAAGUAUGCUGAGGGCAGUCAAAGGUCAGAAGGCAUAGUGAGCAAGGCCUACAAUGGGAUUAGGGGAGGACCUUAAGAAUUUUGGUUCCCCUUUCUUCUUCUGUUUUGGGAGUUUUAUGUGGUGUAAUGAACCUAGACAAGGGGCCAGAAGACAUGAUCUGCCUGUUCUUUUCUUUUCUUUUUUGGUUUUUCUAAAUAGGAUUUCUCUCUGUA